AUGCUAUCCGAAACCAAUGUGCCUUACCAUCUUCAACCCUUUUUCAUUCAGCAGAUUUCCAUUAGCGCCCGCGGAAUUGCAACCGAACCCACUAACGCUCUCUCCCGCACCAUUCCCAUGGUCGUCGAGCUGGUGCUGCCUGAGGAGGUCAUGGAGGAUUCGGGUUAUGGGUCGGACACCAUUAUGGGAACUGGGUCGCGCCGGGCGAGUAGAGCUUCGAUUCAGGAAAUGGAGAGAGUUGAAAUGAAUGGGGUUUUGAGUGAUUGUGUGAUUUGUUUGGAUGAUAUCGUUUCAGUUGGGUCUGAAAUUGAUGCACUUCGAAUGCCUUGUUUACAUAUUUACCAUCGAAAUUGUAUUCACAAAUGGCUGCAACUCAGCAACCGCUGCCCCUUGUGUCGGUUUCAGAUGCCAUUGGAAGAGGAAUGA